AUGAACGCGCAGCUGGCGAUGGAGAACAUCGGCGAUCUGCACGGGGUGAGCCAUGAGCCGGUGCCCGCCGCCGCCGACCUGAUGAGCGGCAGCCCCCACCACCGGAGUGCGGUGGCCCAUCGCGGCGGGCACCUGCCGGCCCACCCGCGCUCCAUGGGCAUGGCGUCCAUCCUCGACGGCGGCGAUUACCACCACCACCACCGGCCACCUGACCACGCACUGACGGGCCCCCUGCACCCCACCAUGACCAUGGCCUGCGAGACACCCCCCGGCAUGAGUAUGAGCAGCACCUACACCACGUUAACCCCUCUGCAGCCGCUACCUCCCAUCUCAACGGUCUCGGACAAGUUCCCUCACCACCACCACCACCAUCACCACCACCACCACCCCCAUCAGCGGAUACCAGGCAACGUGAGUGGCAGCUUCACGCUCAUGCGGGAUGAGAGGGGUCUGGCGUCUAUGAACAAUCUCUAUACCCCCUACCACAAGGAUGUUACCGGCAUGGGGCAAAGCCUCUCUCCAUUGUCUGGAUCAGGCCUCGGGAGCAUCCACAACUCCCAGCAAGGGCUGCCCCACUACGCUCACCCCAGUGCCACCAUGCCUGCUGAGAAAAUGCUCACCCCAAACGGAUUUGAAGCCCACCACCCUGCCAUGUUAGCCAGGCAUGGCGACCAACACCUUACCCCCACCUCUGCUGGCAUGGUGCCUAUCAACGGGAUCCCACACCACCCCCAUGCCCACUUGAAUGCCCAGAGCCACGGGCAGAUUCUGGGCUCUGCCAGGGAGCAAAACCCUUCUGUAACUGGUUCGCAGGUCAAUAGUGGAAGUAAUUCAGGGCAAAUGGAAGAAAUCAAUACCAAAGAAGUAGCUCAGAGGAUCACCACCGAGCUCAAGCGGUACAGCAUCCCCCAGGCUAUCUUCGCCCAGAGGGUGCUGUGCCGCUCUCAAGGGACGCUCUCAGACCUGCUGAGGAACCCCAAGCCCUGGAGCAAGCUCAAAUCUGGCAGGGAGACCUUCCGCAGGAUGUGGAAGUGGCUCCAGGAGCCGGAGUUUCAGCGGAUGUCUGCUCUGCGGCUGGCAGCAUGCAAGAGGAAAGAACAAGAGCACGGGAAGGAUAGAGGGAACACACCCAAAAAGCCUCGGUUGGUCUUCACGGAUGUCCAGCGUCGAACUCUACAUGCAAUAUUCAAAGAAAAUAAGCGUCCAUCCAAAGAAUUACAAAUCACCAUUUCCCAGCAGCUCGGGUUGGAGCUGAGCACCGUCAGCAACUUUUUCAUGAAUGCACGGAGGAGGAGUCUGGAUAAGUGGCAAGACGAGGGCAGCUCCAAUUCAGGCAACUCAUCUUCUUCAUCAAGCACUUGUACCAAAGCAUGA